UAUCAAUGUUUACGUGAAUCGUCGCCUCGUCGGAGGUCGGUCAUUGAAAUUCAUUCGUCGCUGAUAUGAAUUACCAUAAUUAAUGAAAUGUUAACAUUUUACACUGCACCUUAAUCGCCAACUUUGAAGUCAUUUUACAUUUAUAAACUACCGUUUAAAAAAUCGUUAGUCAUUGUUCAGAAGAUUCAGAAGAAAAUUAGAUGCUGAUUUUUGAGAAUAACUUCAUCCAUUGGGUCUGAGUUUCGGAAGAAUAGGGGAUGAAGUUUGUAUAGUUUUACGAAUAUUUCCGCAUUAGCUACUACCAUUUCAUAUUUUUUAUGCGGAAGCUAUGAACAGAAUACAAUUUUUAAAUAAUGUCAAAACCUCAGUAUUUAAUUAUUUGCGUAUAUAUUUUAAUAUGUUACUUUUCCACACCGACUCAUCAAAUCUCGAAUUCGUCUCUUGAAAAUUCGAAGUUGGUGAAGACCAUCGUGCUCUUUCGACAUGGUAUGAGAGCUCCGUUAAAAACUUAUAAAUUCGAUCCGUACGCUAAAUCUGAUCAGAAAUUAUGGCCCGAAGGACUUGGUGCAUUGGUCAAUGCAGGUAAAGAUCAAAUGUAUCAGCUCGGGAAACAUUUACGCAAACGAUACGAGCAUUUCUUACUACCGUACGGAAAUACAGCUUCAGAAGAUGUUCAAAUGGUUGCCACAGCUGUGGAUAGAUGCUACCAUAGCGGUGCUUUGGUCUUAGCCGGAUUUUAUCCUCCGAAUGAGCAACAAAUUUGGAACGAAGAGUUGUUAUGGCAACCUGUACCAAUACGAUCACCUUCUGCGGACAAAGUUCACAUAAUCGGUAAAAAAGAGAAGUGUCCGAGUUAUCACGAAGGAUUAUUGGAAGUUUACAAGAUAACGAAGAAUGACUCUAAUCUUAACUACUUGAUAAAUUUUUUAUCCAAUUUUACUCACCCAGAAAACGUUACGACAGCUUACGAUGUAUUUCACAUCGGUGACUACGUCCGUACAAAAAAGUCGAUGAACUUGCAGUUGCCUGAUUGGAUUGAUGAAGAUUUUCAAUCCAGAUUAGAUAAAUUCUACGUAGAUAGUUUUAAUUAUUUAACCUACACUUCAAAAAUGCGUCAAUUGUUAGCUGGUCCUCUAAUUAAAGAUAUAAGUACUCGUAUACAAGAUAUAAUUUACGAACGUUCAAGUAACAGCAAAUUCUUUUUUUAUUCUGGUCACGAUUCUUCACUCACUUCGUUAUUUUCUGCGUUGAAUUUGCCGGUAGAUUUUGUACCUACGUACGGAGCUUCUCUCAUUUUUGAAGUCUAUCGUUCAUCUCCUAAUAAUCAUUUGAUCAGGAUUUUAUUCAGCGAUGAUUAUACUUUGAAUCGCAUCAAUGUAAAAAUUUUACCAAAUUGCGAAGAGUAUUGUCCUAUGGGUAAAUUUGUCCAGCUGUUCGAAAAAUUCAUCACACAGAAUUGGGAAACAGAAUGUAACUUGUGAUAUCUGUCUUUAUUAUAUGUUAUUGUUUAAGUUUACUCUAGUAUUAUAGUACUUUUGUACUCAAAAAUUUUAUGUAUUGGUGAUAUUUUUUCAUUUUGUUAACUUGUUUUAUAUCACGUAGACUUUUACCGUGUAACGUA